AUGAAGGAUCCCGCUGUAAUAGAUGAUGCUCAUCAUUACGGCUACGAGAAGAAUUUUCGCGUCGCCCUACCGCAGUUCCUGGCAGUCAGUGUGAAGAAUCUUGUUCUUUUAAGUUAUGGAAUGACGCUCGGAUUCCCAACGAUCCUUAUUCCUGCCGUGAAAGAUCCCAUUGGUAUAGAAGUAUUGAAACUGAAUAACUCCGAGAUAUCAUGGAUCAGUUCAAUAAAUUUGAUUAUAGUACCACUUGGUUGUGCGCUGUCUGGAGUAGUCACAACUCCGAUGGGUCGCCGACGAGCUAUGCAGAUGGUUAACAUACCGUUUUUCAUAGCCUGGCUGAUUUUCCAUUACUCCUCCACCGCCAACCAUCUGUACGGAGCAUUGUUUCUCACUGGCCUGGCUGGAGGACUUCUUGAGGCACCUGUGCUAACAUAUGUAGCGGAAAUUACCCAGCCUCAUCUGCGCGGGGCCUUGACUGCAACAAGCUCAAUGUGCAUCAUCAUUGGAGUCUUCACUCAAUUUCUCUUCGGGCUCUUGAUGUACUGGAGGACUGUAGCCUUGGUCAAUAUUUUCUUUGCGCUCAUCGCUAUACUAGCACUCUUCUUCAUACCAGAAUCUCCUCAUUGGCUUGUAAUGAAAAAAAGACACGAUGACGCUAGAAAGAGCCUACAGUGGCUGAGAGGCUGGACGACAGCACAGGACGUUGAACUAGAACUAAGGGAUAUUCAAGCUCUGUUUAAACAAAAAAAAGCUGAAACCGGUCAAGAAGAAACUUUUAUGGAAAAGUUGUCAUAUUAUCUUGACAAAAGCUUUCUGGUGCCAUUCUUCUUAGUGUCUUACGCAUUUUUCGUUGGUCAUUUUAGCGGCAUGACAACCUUGCAGAUGUUAGAGGCUCCCAUUGAUAAAUAUUACGCGACGCUUAUACUUGGUCUACUACAAAUCAUCGGCUGUGCUACAUGUGUGAUGCUGGUUCACUACACAGGAAAGCGAAUUUUGACUUUCUUCUCCACGUUCAGUGCUGGAAUAUGUUGCUUGCUAGUUGCUGGCUAUGAAGGCUAUAUCAAAACUCAUGAUAUAUUAGGCAACUCGUCAGCUCCUAUGAAUACUAGCAACAUUACAUCUGGAAUCUUAGAUGGUGAUUUGAAAAAUGGGUAUUCGUGGAUUCCAACAACACUUCUAAUGUUGCUGGCUCUAUUAACGCACACAGGAAUAAGGCUUUUGCCAUGGAUUCUUAUUGGCGAGGUAUUCAGUGCAAAGACGAGAUCUGGUGCAGCAGGAUUAGCAAGUGCUGUGGGAUAUAUAUUUGGUUUCCUAACUAACAAGAUGUAUAUAAGCAUGGUGGAUACUUUAUCUAUUUGGGGGACAUACGGCUUCUAUGGCAUUAUUUGUCUCACAGGAUGCGCUGUAUUUUACUUUAUAUUACCUGAGACGGAGGGCAAGAAGUUGUAUGACAUUGAGAAUCACUUCGCUGGAGUAAAAAGAUUGACAAAUGAAGUCUAUCGUUCAAAAAGGAAGAUAAAUAUAGAGUUAUCAAAGGUACGGGAUUUACAAGGUAAUACAAAUCCUACGUUCGAAGGAGACAAUAUAACGAUUCGUCAAUGA